UUUUGAAAUUACUUUUCAGCAAAUGAUAACCAUAGGAAUCUGUUCGACUCUGGCCACAUCUCUAGGGCCCCAUUGUAAAGGACAUUUCAGGGUUAUAGGACCAGGCUUGCUGAUGUGUUUGGCCGACUCAAAGCCUGCCCUGAGAGAGAAGGUCAUAGCUUGUCUGAACGUCUGGCUGCAACAUUCAUCACUUUUGCCAUUGGUUGAGAGUGAGGCCCUAUUUGAUGCCCUGAAGAUGGAGAGCCCCUUUCUUAAAGCUGAGUUGCUUGGAUGGUUGGCUGUGAUCUUGCCCCCGCACAAGCAGCUGCCUCCUGAGCUGAGGAGUGUCAUACCUUCCGUGCUGGCAUGCUUAGAGGAUAGGAAUGCUGAUGUCCGCAAGCGUGCCACUGAUGCUCUGGUACCUCUGAUGAUCCACACUGGAUAUGAUGCCUUUCUCAAAGAACUAGGAAAGUGUAAACCAGCCACCAAAGAUCAGAUUCAGCCUGUGCUAGAGAAAGCCAGAAGUGAACUCCCAGCUAAACCAGCCAAAGUCCAGAAAGCCACCUCAGCUCCUUCAGCAGCACCUGCAGCCAGCAGCAAGAAGGUGGUCCCCAAAUCAGCACCAGUCGCAUCCAGAACUGAGGAGCCCGAGGAUGACGAGCCAGCUCCAGAGAGAUCAGCGGCUAAGUCAGAUAGCAAAUCUAAAGUUGUCAAAGGGAAGGGAAAGCCUGCUCCUGCAGCGACCAAGAAGAAGGAUGAUGAGGACUUUGGACCAAUCAUGAACAUGUCUGUUACUAAGGAUCAGAGAGUUAAAGAAGAGAAAGCUAUGAAGGUUCUGAAAUGGAACUUCAUUGAGCUGCGAGGGGAAUUUAUUGAUCAGCUGAAGGGGCAAAUGGAGAAGAAUUUCAACCGAGCAAUCAUGGUAGACUUGUUCCACGCAGACUUCAAGAAUCACAUCAAGGCUAUAGAGCAGCUGAUUAAGUGCUUGGAGACUCAAGAGAGAGAAACGCUCAACAACCUUGACCUUCUGCUGAAAUGGAUGACCAUUCGAUUCUUCGACACCAACCCCAGCAUGUUGAACAAGGCUCUGGACUACAUUCAGCAGCUCUUCUCCUUGUUAGCAUCCUUGGACUAUCAUCUGUCAGACCUGGAGGCCGGCUCUUUCGUCCCUUAUCUGCUUAUGAAGAGUGGAGAUCCAAAGGACAAUGUGAGGAGAGAUGUGCGGAACAUCAUGAAGCAGAUGUGCAAGGUGUACCCCUCCAACAAAAUGUUUAGUUUCGUUAUUGAUGGUCUGAAGUGCAAAGUUGCCAAACAGAGAGCAGAAUUGCUGGAGGAACUGGGAUGUCUGAUUGAGAGCUAUGGCAUGAAUGUUUGCCAGCCUUCCCCUGCUCAUGCUCUCAAGAUCAUCGCAGGCCAGAUCGGUGACAGAGAUAAUGGUGUCAGGAAUGCUGCCUUGAACACACUCGUGGUGGCUUACUCCAUCCUUGGGGAGAGUGUCUACAAAUAUGUUGGCACUCUGAAUGAUAAAGACCAAAGCUUACUAGAUGAGAGAAUAAAGCGGGCUAUAAAGAACAAAGAAAUGAAACCCAAAGAAGCACUGCAGCCUCAGCCUCAGCCUCAACAACGACCUAAGACUGCACCAGCUGGAGGCCUUUCGAAGGCUGCUUCACAACCUAACAUGUCUGCCGGACACGGGCACCUGCCGUUAAUGAAGAAGACCUACCAGCUGGACAUUGAUCUGGAUGACAACUGGGAGCCGGUAGUCCCCAGCCUGAUAGAGCUGGACCUAGAGGCUCUCAUGGCACCUGUCACCAAACCAAAGAUUAUGGCCCGCCCAGCGUCUCCAAAUGUGUCAUCCAAAUUGAUUGGAUCUGCAGAUGUGUCGGCCAGCAUCGGUACCGUGGUCUCUCAGAUCUCUGAUGUCAGCAUUAACACCAGCAUCAAAGCUCUGGCACAGAUCGACGAAGUGCUGAAGGAUGAGAAGAAAGCAGAUAUCAUGGCAAAUCACAUAGAUAACCUUCUGGUUGUUAUAACUAUGCAAUGUAAGCUGGGCAUUGGAAAACAUCUGAUGGAUCCACAGGUGGAGAAUGGUGAAGUCAUACGUCUUUACCGAUGCCUCCUGUCCACACUAAUUAGUAUAUUUGAUCGAACCUCCAUGGGUAAGAAAGCCUCCACCAACAUCCUGAAAGAUCUUAUGCAUAGCCUGUUGAUUGUUCUGCUGGAUACGCAAAUUGAACAGCUGGAAGAGGGGCCACAGAUCAUCCGUACGGUUAAUGUGACGGUUGUGAAGAUCAUUAACAAAUCUGACCCCACCAACAUCACUUGUGCAAUUAUAUCUCUAAUGAGAGAGUGUUUACAGAGUGAAACCUGCUCCAACAAGUUCCUGGAUCUAGUUAUUAAGUGUUUGUGGAAAAUCCUGAACUUGGUCCCUGACAACAUCAAUGAUCUGAACUGCGACAGAGUUCUCUAUGAAGCACAUCUAUUCUUCCAGCAGUUCCCUACAUCUAGCUGGAAAAGCCGACCAAACCUAGAUAUGCCAAUUAGGACAAUUAAAACUUUACUUCACAAUUUGACCAAACUCAAGGGUCAUAAGAUUCUGAGUCACACUGGACUAAUUGGCGCUUCAGAGAACUCAGAAGUAGAAGCUUAUCUACACACAGUCCUGGCCAAGAGCAGCUACAAGCAAGAGGAUGGGAGUACAGAGAGAAUUAAAAGUGCCUCCAAGGUAAAGAGGGUGUCAAAAACACAUGAGCUGCUCACAGAGAUCUUCAAGAAGAUUGGCAACAAAGAAAACACUCGAGAGGGUUUGAACGAUCUGUUUGACUUCAAGAGGAAGUACCCAGAGGCUGAUGUUGACCCGUUUCUGAAGAAGACCUCACCACACUUCCAGAAGUACAUCAACAACAUGUUAUCAGAGAUAGAAGAGGAGAGGAGGGUCAAGAAGUUGGCUGAAAAUCCAAACAUGAGCUACCACAACUGUACUGAUGAAAAUGCGGCCAACACAACAGGUGGGUCCGACUCAGACCCGCCCGAUGUAGACUACUACAGGGAGAAGUUACGAGAGCUUCGAGCAAAAUGUGGACUUGACGGUAACGCUACAGAGACUGACAGCAAUAAAACAGCGGAGAUGAAAGCUUCACACUUUAGUCACACUGACCCAUCUGAUGAGCCCGAAGCUAUGGAAAUCAAGUGGCCAAGUUCAGCACAAAUGCAGGAGGAGCCUAAACAAUCAGUGGAUGUGACAAGCUUGAAAGCAAGACUAGAGAGAAUUAAGAAGAUGGCCAAUAGUUGA